AUGCCGCCUUAUAUAAACGACGCUGAACGAGAAUAUCAUAUUCCGGAAGCAAGUAAAUUCAACGCAGAUAAACUUUCUUUUUUAAAAGAGUUUUCGAAGCAAUAUGGAUACGACGGGAGAAUUGAGGAAAUACGAGAGAAAGAGUACCCGCAAUUAAAAGGUUCAACAUAUCUUGAUCAUGCUGGCACGACUACAUAUCCACAAAAUACUCUCUCUGAAUUUCAUGCAGACUUAACGAAAAAUUUGUUCGGAAAUCCACACUCAAGGUCUCCAAGUUCAAAACUAUCAACCGACCGUGUGGAAGAAGUGCGAUUACGCGUUUUAAAACACUUUAACGCAAGCCCUGAACACUUUGAAGUAAUCUUCACGGCGAAUGCAACUGCUGCAAUAAAAUUAGUCGGCGAGGUGUUCCCAUGGGCACGGGAUGAAAGUUCUUACAAGUAUCUUCGUGAAGGACACACUAGUCUUUUGGGGUUACGCCGUUUCGCAGAAGAUGCUAAUGUCCGCGAAAUAGUGGCAACUACGGAGAACGAUGUUGAAGCAGAGUUCAAUAUAUUUAAUAAUUAUAGAACUUCUCCCAUAUCGAAUCCGCAUUUUCUUAAUAAUAUUCCACAAGUUGAUUUUGAUGGACAUACUGAUGGCGUGCCAAUCAUUAACAAUGGUGUCACGUAUAAUUUAUUUGCAUAUCCGGCACAAUGUAAUUUCUCUGGCAUGCGAUUUCCACUGAAUUGGACUCGAAGAUUGAAGCAAACAUUUAACACUGCUAAUAAAAAAACAUUGGUAUUAUUGGAUGCUGCUGCUUACGCAACCACUUCGCCAUUAUCGUUCGCGGAACCAGAGAAUUCACCUGAUUUUACUGCUAUUAGUUUUUACAAGUUAUUUGGAUAUCCUACUGGUCUUGGUGCAUUGGUUAUUAAGAAAGAAUUGAGUCCUAUUCUGAAAAAAAGAUAUUUCGGCGGCGGUUCGGUCACAUCAUUAGUAUGGGACAUGAAUUGGCAGAUGUUUAAUGAAAGAUUAUGUGACCGAUAUGAAGAUGGCACAAUCAAUUUCUUAAGUAUAAUUGCACUUAAUCAUGCUUUCAACGCUGCAGAUCGUCUAUAUCGAGAUUUUAGAUUUAUUCGAUCUCACGUAACUGCCCUAAACAACUAUCUACAACGGAACAUGGCACAAAUAAAACAUUGGAAUGGGGCUCCAUUAUGUGUUAUAAAUUCAGAUCGUGAUUUUUCCGAUAGUUCACAACAAGGUCCAAUUUUGAGUUUUAAUUUGAAACAUGCGGAUGGUUCUUGGAUUGGCUAUAAUGAAGUCGAACGAAUGGCUGGCGAGAAUGGAAUACAUGUUCGUGCUGGUGGUCAUUGUAAUGCUGGGUCGGUUGCCAGAUGGAUGGGAGUCUCACCCGAAGAUUUUGCAAGCAAAAGUUGUCAUGACGAUCAAGAUAUUAUUAACGGAAAACCAAUGGGUGCUGUUCGAGUAUCGUUAGCUGCAAUGACAACGAUUGAAGAUAUCCUCGUGUGGCUCGACUUCCUUAAAACAUAUUUUGUUGAAAGAAAACCAGUGUCUAUGUCUAAAAAUAUUAAUCACAAGGGUGUUGAUGUUUAUGAUGACCUUAAAGAUCAGGCCUCAUCAAAAAAUACAAUUGCAGAAUCUAAAAUAGCACUUGAAACGAUUAUCAUAUACCCCGUGAAAUCAUGUCAUGGUUAUGUUAUACCAUCCUCAAAAUCAUGGACUAUCACACCUCAAGGUCUUUUGUAUGAUCGUGAAUGGAUGGUAGUGGAUGCAGAAACAGGACGAGCACUAAAUCAGAAACAAUUCCCUCGUAUGGCAUUAAUACGACCUCGAAUUCUAUUUGAUGAUCGUGUACUUUUGCUCAAAGCGCCUGGUCAACCACCAUUAAGAAUUUCGCUGGAUGAAUACCCAGUUCUUGGUGUAUCUACAUGUACAUUAUCGGCUUCAAUGACAAAUGAAUCGAAAGUGUGUGGUAAUAAGAUCGAUACGUUAUAUUACACUGCACCAAGUAUCAAUGAAUGGUUUUCGAAUUUCCUUGGAUUAACUUGUAUUCUCGCACGUCAAACACCUAAUGAGGACGGUAUUAAUGAUGAUGAUAGUCUGAAAACUCGACGAUUCAUUAAACCACAUCUUGCAGCACCGGCAAAAGCACCGAUUUCAUUAUCAAAUGAAUCACCAUUCUUGUUGAUAUCUCAACCAAGUGUCAAUGACUUGAAUCGAAAGAUUCGAAAGUCGGGAAAUAAGGAAGUUGACGCCUCUUGCUUUCGGGGUAAUUUCCAGAUUAAAGGAACAUCUGAAUAUGAGGAGGAUGAUUGGUCGAUGGUUAAACUUGGCAGCCAAGUUUUCAAGACAACAGGAGAGAAAACAAACGAACCUUAUCGUACUUUAACAAAACAUCGAAAAUUUGACGGUAAAGUGUAUUUUGGACAACACAUGAUUCACGUACCGGAAUUAUCCGAAGCACCAUAUGAACUUGCACCCGGCGCUCCGAUAAAAAUAUUGGACAGACAUAUGUCUUCAAUGAUUUUAUCAAGGUUCUAA